CUCACAAUAUCAUACAGGAGAGAGACAGGGAUGGCCGGCUGGCCCAGGAUCAGCUGUACUCGUUAGCUCCAGAAUGGAGGCAGCUGACGUGUAGUAAACGGGCGUGCGGCGUGUAACAUGGACUUUUAAUAAUCAGGUGCUUUAGUUUAGUGACAGUGUCAGUCAGAGUAUAUAACGCUUUAUUUAUCCAUACAUAUCACGGCAUCGAGAUUAACGCCCCUGUUAAGAGGUUUCGUUGAAGAAAAGAGCAUUUGAUCUGUAAACAUGCCCUUAAAGUUGAGCACUCAGGCGUACAGUAAGAUGCUGCUGCACGCCGCUAAGUAUCCCCACUGCGCCGUUAACGGACUACUGGUGGCCGAGAAGCUCAAGCGGAAAGACGGCGCGAGAGACGCGACGCUCUGCGUGGACUGCGUGCCGCUAUUUCAUGGGACGCUCGCGCUCGCUCCCAUGUUGGAGGUUGCACUUACACUGAUUGACACAUGGUGCAAAGAGAACAAAUAUGUCAUCGCUGGCUAUUAUCAAGCAAACGAGCGUAUUAAGGAGGCCAGACCAAAUCAGGUAGCUGAGAAGGUUGCCACCAGAAUCUCUGAAAACUUCAGUGAGGCCACAAUGAUCAUGCUGGAUAACAGCAGAUUUACAAUGGAUUGUUUUGUACCCGUCCUCCUCAUCUAUGAUCAUCAGGACAGCAAGUGGAAGUGCAAAGAGCCAAGCACUGACUGCUUUGAGGAUUGGCUAGAGGCACAGAAAAUCACCUCCGCUCUCUUAGAGAGCAAAUCAUACGAGCAUCUGGUGGACUUUGACAACCACCUGGAUGACCUGAGAAAUGACUGGACCAACCCGGAGAUCAACAAAUCUGUGUUAGAUUUGUGCUGAAGCCGGCCAGAGGUCAAACCUUUUGAUAAAGACAGGAUGCAUGUCUUAACCCUUUUCAGGUCUGCUAACAACAUUCUCUCUCACUUGGGAAUAAUGUGCUGAACGGGAGAUUGCAUGUGCUGUGUCCUCACGCUUGGGCUUGUCACUAUGAGCUAGAAUCCAGUGUCAGAGGUUUUAUACCUGUUUUCGUAAAGUAUUUUAUGUAAUAUAAUCUUAAUUACAAUUUCGGAUUCUACCAGACUGAUCCAUGUUAUGUAAUUUAAUUAAUUGCUGAAUGUUGUGUUUUUCUUCAGAGUAUUAAAAAAGCAGGUAGUUUCUGAGAGUUUGGUUUGAUUUAAAGGUGUUGCUUAAUUUUCUUUGUGUAAUUAUUUUUUUCUUUAAUUGAAAGAAGAGCGAACAAAUGCAAAGAUCUGCCUACUUCAAUGUUCAAAUGAUUUCUUUAUUUAACCCUGACAUAUAUUCUGUCUGCUCUGCAGAAGUUAAAUAGUUUGUUUUUGGUAGAUGAAGUACUUGUAUUUGGUUAAAUAUUUUUAAUUAAGUAAUGGAAUGAGAUGUGUUGAUUAAACAAAAAGAAACUAAUAGGCCUAUGCCCCAUCUCUCUCUAUGUUAGAAUUAAUGUGUGAGAUCUUCUUGUAUUUGGCUGAGAAGUCAUUGGAUGGCUCGCCAAUGUAGAAUAGAAGCAGGACCAAGUGCUUGUAGGGAAAAGUGUUUACACUGAAGGUGCUUGUGUGUUGUGGUUCUUCUGGAGUGAUGUCCUUGUUAUCAAGCUACCAUCGGUGACCAGACCUUAUCUGAUAACAAAUGGCCUUUGAACAAUAGCAGACCUUUCAAUAAACAGGAUAUACUGUAUGAGC